CAGACUAUAAAAUUUGUUAACAGCGUUAAAAUAAGCUUCUCUGCUACUUGGGGUUACGAAUCCUAAAACCCUAAAUCUCCGAUCCACGCCAUGAGAGGCGCUCUCUUCAGAAAUGCCUCUCUCUGCGCUCGCAGAAUCAUCCUUUCUCCUCGGAUACCCCAUCAACGCUCCACCUACGUUCCCUUCCUCGCUCCAAUCGCCGCUCCGGCUCCUUUCAAAUUCAGAUUUUUCUCCUCCGAAUCCGACUCGCCCGGCGAGAACAACUCGACUAAUCCUCCUGAGUCUUCUCCCGUAGAUUCAUCCGAUAAGAAAGAUCUAGUUGUCGAGGAUGUUAGCACCAAAGAGUUUAAAGCCCGUAUAGAGAAGUAUUUCAAUGAGGGUGAUGAAGAUGCGUUGCCCGGAGUUAUUGAAGCACUUCUGCAGAGAAGACUUGCUGACAAACACGCAGAGACUGAUGAUGAGUUGUUAGAAAAAAUCGAGAGUCUACCUUUCAAAGAUGAUGUGAAGGAUGAAGAUUUUGAAUCUGAUUUCGAGGAAGCACAUUCGACUGACGACGAACUCGAAGAUUUGUACAACUCUCCCGAGUAUGUAGCGGAGAAGAUGAGGAAGAAUGAGUUUUUCAACAUGGACGAUAAGAAGUGGGAUGACAUGAUUAGAGAAGGGAUUCAACAUGGUUGUCUUACUGAUACUAAGGAAUGCGAGGAGAUUCUUGAGGAUAUGCUCAAAUGGGACCAGCUUCUUCCUGAUGAAUUGAAGAAAAAAGUUGAAGUAAAGUUUAAUGAGCUCGGGGAUAUGUGUGAAAGAGGUGAGCUUGAGCCCGAAGCAGCUUAUGAGCUUUUUAAGGAAUUCGAAGAUGAGAUGGUAGUUCAGUAUGGAGAUCAAAUGGAAGCUGAGGGUCCUCCCCAAUUUGGUGAAACGGAUGCUUCCGAUAGGAAUACCGACUUGGAUGAUCCUCCCGGUAAAGGCCCAAUCCUCAGGUGGCAAUCGAGGAUAGUUUUUGCUCCUGGAGGCGAUGCAUGGCAUCCAAAGAACAGGAAAGUUAAAAUGUCUGUUACAGUGAAAGAGCUCGGGCUUUCAAAGCAUCAGGCUCGAAGGCUAAGGGAACUUGUGGGGAAAAGAUACCAUUCGGGAAAAGACGAGCUUACAAUCACCAGUGAGAGAUUUGAACACCGAGAGGAAAAUAGGAAAGACUGCUUGAGAACUCUUUACGGUUUGAUAGAGGAAUCUGCGAAAGCGAACAAGAUUGCUGAGGACAUAAGAACAUCAUAUGUAAAACAGAGACUCCAAGCCAAUCCAGCUUUCAUGCAGAAACUACAAGCGAAGAUGAUAAGGUCUAAAGAAUCAGUUGCCAUCAACGCCUGAAAAAACCUUUUCCCGUUGAGCUCCUUUCUUCUUGUCUCACCAAAUAAUCUAUAGGAUCGUCUUUUUUUUGGCAAUCAAUUGAUCCGGUACGGGUUUAGGAUCCAUGAAGAAUCUUUGAUGGUAGCUCCUAUUUUAGUUUAUCUCAUGAAGACAUGAACCGUGGCUGUGUGCUGUUGGUGUCGAUUAGGAGCCCAUGAGACUUGGUCAAUGCUUUCUUAGAAUUAUGAAUCUCUUCGAAGAUUAAAGGUUUCAAUAUGGGAUUUGGAUAUGCUUACAUUGGUUAAGAAUGAAAAUGACUCAAGAAAAAAAUAAAUUUUAGUAUAAUUUUUGUU